UUGUGCCUUUAACUGUCCCAGGCAAAACUCCUUUACUAUAUAAUUAAUCAAGAGUAAUUGCUGUACUUAAAGAUAAUUGAGGUUGGGGUUUGUGUCUGUCAAUACUGGCGAAAAAAUGUCCAUAGCAAAGAAAAAGAAGAUGUGCCUGUCAGUCAAACUGAAGGGUCGCUUCUCCCCUCAUCCAGGACGUCAGGUCGAUAGUCGAGCAGCAGAUCCGGACAGGGCAGUACUAAUAUGACAGCUUGUACUAGAACUUUCUGCCGCUCACUUACAGCUUCCUUCAUGAACGGCAUCGGUGGCAGUAGGUUUCAGUCCACCAUUUUGUACUGGAUAAACGGGUUCUGCUAAGUUCGUCCGUGAUUCGCACUGCUGGCAGGUCGGGGGUCUGAAACUAGCUAUCAGGCUAAGCUAAAGCUAAAACUAAAGCCUGUUUACAGGACGGCAGGCUGGCUAACUCCGAGGCUAACGGGUAGCUGUCUGCAGGGAUGUUUGGGUGUUUGGUCGCUGGUAGGUUGGUGCAGACGGACGCGGUGCAGGUCGCCUCAGACAAGUUCGUGUUCAACUUAUCGGACUACGAGAACGUGAACCAUGUGGUAGUGUUCAUGCUGGGCACGGUGCCGUUCCCUGUCGGCAUGGGCGGCGCAGUUUACUUCUCCUUCCCGGACCCGGCGGGCGGCGGCCCGGUGUGGCAGCUGCUCGGAUUCAUCACCAACGACAAGCCAAGUGCCAUAUUUAAGAUUUCUGGGCUGAAGGCCGGGGUAGGUGGGGCGCACCCUUUCGGCAUGAUGGCCCCCUCGUCGUCGCCCUCCGUCGCUCAGGUCGGCGUGUCAGUGGAGGCUCUGGAGCAGCUGGCCCAGCAGAUCCCGGUGUCCAGCGCCGCCGUGUCCACCGUGGACUCCUUCCUGCAGUUCACUCAGAAGAUGCUGGACAGUCUGUACAACUUCGCCUCGUCCUUCGCCGUGUCGCAGGCCCAGAUGACCCCGAACCCCACGGAGACAUUCAUCCCGUCCAGCUGCAUCCUCAAAUGGUAUGAAAACUUUCAGAGGAGGAUGGCACAGAACCCGAACUUCUGGAAAAACUGAUGAAAGCCGAGACACUGGAGGAGAACAUGAGAGACUCUGACCACAGAGGGAACCUGGACAGUUUCCACAGAGCCUCACGGUUCAAAUAAAAGUCUCUUUUCAUCCA